UUACCAUUCCAUACUCCAACUGUAGUCAAAGUAUUAAGGAUAGUUGGUUUGUCUCUUUUCCCACUCUUGUGCCUACAACAAAUGCGAAAUCAUUGACACCUGUAUAUAGGGGGACAGCGAAAUUUGGGCAAGAUACGAAUAGGAGCAGCAGAGAUAGGAAAUGUUACCAUUCCCGUAUUCCGUACUCCAACUGUACUCAAAGUAUUAAAGAUAGUUGGUUUAUCUUUUUCUCCACUCUUGUUCCUACAACAAACAAUUUGUAGUCGUUGAUCUUCUUUUUUUCUGCGUUUUGUUAUAGGCUGAGAGACCAAUGUUUGUUUUUGGGGGCAACGUCAAGAAGACUGCAGAACUGAGAUCUCCAAUACUACCUUCAAUUCCGUCUAUUCCACAAGGAUUUGCCCUUUCCACUGAUGUUGUAUUUGCAAAGGAGUGUGCAAAGGUGAUGUGGUCUCUCAAGCACCACACGGAACAGAUUGAGAGAAUGUUUCAUCUCAUGCAUCAGGCUGCCCUCUGCUACAGUCACACAGUGAACCAUGAGUACCAGCUGGUGGUCCAGCAGCUCCAGUCACUGCAGCAAGUCAACGAGGCCAUCUGCAGAGUCCUCACCAGCCAAGUCUCUGGAAUAACGAGUCUAAAGGAACUUGUUCAGGCAGCCAAUCAUGUCUCUGACCAAAAGUUUCAGGAUGAUAUCCAACUACUGAAUGGAGAAAUAACAGCUAAACAGAAGAGUCUUUACGAGUUCAGUGAGGCUCCUCGAAGUAUGAGGGACAAGAUGAGUCAGUUGAAGGGGGAGAUUGGAGAGAAGACCUCCUGGGACUCCAAGUACUGCAGUGAGCUCUUCAACCGCAGCGUGGAGACGCUCCAUUUCCUAGUUCGCUCAGUGGACAGCAACUACAAGACUUUUCUCAAGGAGAAGAAACACAAAAGUAUGAGUACACAUGAUCAGAAAGUCCACGAUUUCACAAAGAUCAAAUUGCACCAGAAGCUACUGGAGGCCCAGGAGAAGGUGGUGGGCUAUCUCACUGGCAGGGAAACUGUCUACUCGAAACUAGGAGACUGGUUCACGAGGCUGAUACCUGUUCGCAAGGAUAUUGAAGUGGUGGGAGGAAAGAUGACCAAGCAUGCUGAGGAGUGUGGGCAACAUCUACAGGCACAGAACACUGUAUGCUAUAAGUACCUCAUGAUAGCUAGACACUGCUUGGGUGGAAGCGUAUAGGAUCCUCCCUUUACUUUUUGCUAAACUGAAAAGCGUGUAGGUCUCACGUGUUAAGUGUUUGAAUGGACUCAUUUUCAAGAUGCCUUUUAUACACCCUAUUGCACUCAUCACUAUUGUACACACUAGCUACAAGGUAACACUGAAAAGUCUCUUUUACAAGCAUACUUUGAAGGAAAGUAUUAUAGACUUUUGCUGCGAUGAUGUUGAAUACUGAAUUUCAACAUACACCCACAGUGGGAGACCAAUUUUCAGCACAGGAUAUCAGAGCUCAGUAGGAAGAUGAUGACAGUGCUGAGUCAGCACUCUCCUCCUGCGCAGACCUCAGGGAGUGGCAGUGAGGGUGUCGAUGCUCCAGAAGACAAUGCUAGUCUCGAGAUGCAGAGGAGGGUUCUCGCCAAGCUACGUAGUUUCAACAGCAGUGUUGAACAAGAUUUGAAUGAGCAAAGAACUAAACUGGAGAGAUUAAACAUUGCUGCUCUAUACCACUGAUCAUUUCCUUCUACUGCCACUAUAAUAAUUAUGUAACAGACUUGAAAUAAUGUAUAAUCAUUAUUAUUUGUUCUUGGCCCUUCAGCCAUCUGAAAUACAUGGUGUGUACCUGUAAAAAUAAUAAAUUGUUGGUGAGCGAAGCAA